AUGCCCGACGCCCGCCUAGCUGCGCUCGCAGUGAUUACGUCCAUCGUGCUCUUCGGCACGAUCUACUCGGUCGUCUACGACACCUACCUCGACACCUCUAACCCGCUGCUCACAUACCUCCCCCAUCCUCUCCACCACACCCACUACUUCGCGUCCAAGACGAACGUCCUCAACGUCUACUUCAUCAAGUGCGUAUGGGGCUGGACGUCUGCCGUCUUUGCCCUCCUCUUCCUCACCAGCCCCCCGAGCGCGCGCACCAAGGAACGCGUGUUCCAGUUCCUCGCCGAGUCCGCCGUCUGGCUCGCCUUCACCAGCUGGUUCUUCGGGCCCCCGGUGCUCGACCGCUUCAUCACCUCGACAGGCGGCGAGUGCGUGCUGACUCUCCCCUCCGGCGCGCUCCUCACCAUCCCGGAGAACUACUGCUACACCAGGUCGACCAUCACCCCCGCUACGCAUCCCGGCCUCUUCGCCGCGUCGCUCGUCAUGCCAGAUACUGAUUGGAGUGGCAGGCCGCGGCUCCGGAGAGGACAUGAUGUGUCCGGGCACAUAUUCCUCCUCACCAUGUCCGUCCUCUUCCUGGUAGACCAGCUGCGUUGGUCCUUUGGUGCGCACCGCGUACAGUGGCCGCCAUUGCACAAGUGGGCCGUCUUUGCCACCACCCUCGUUGUAUGCUUGGCGCUGUUCGCGUCAUAUACCACCAGCGUGUACUUCCACACUCCGAUCGAGAAGUUGUCGGGUUUUGUCUUAGGCGUGCUUGGCUAUGCCAUUACGCAGCUACCAGUUUUCCAUCCCGCACCUGAAGCUGCGAUCAUUGCCACUAAGUCGACAUCGGAGGACCAGAGAGGGGAGGCAUCGGUAGAUCUUGACCACAAGGAGCAGUAG